AUGGAUACCCCUCGCUAUGUAUUUGGUGCUCAAGGAUUUGGUGUGGCCUGGACGGCCGACAAUGUCGACCACUUGAUGAAUAGUCUCACAAAGACUGGAAUCAAUGAAUUUGACACGGCUGCCCUGUAUCCUGCCACUAAUCCCGGUGCAUCUGAGAAACUACUCGGUGAAAAGAGACCAAAGGAUGCGGUCAUCCACACCAAGGUUCUAUUCAGUGUUGAUGACUCUUUGUCCUUCAGAAACAUAGGAACCUCUAUCAUGGCUAGUUUGGAGCGAUUGCAAGUUAAGAAGAUCCACACCCUCUACGCUCAUGCCCCGGACCGCAAAACCCCGAUUCCUCUGCAAGCCGCACACUUCGACCAUUAUUAUCGUGAGGGAUAUUUUGAAAGACUGGGUCUCUCCAACUACAGUCCAUCUGAAAUCCGUGCCUGGAUGGAAAUUGCAGUGCAGGAAAAUUUGAUUAUGCCUUCUGUCUACCAAGGCCAGUACAACGUCUUCUGUCGAGGCUACGAGGAUCAGCUUUUCCCCCUACUUCGUGAGGUCGGGAUUCACUUCGAGGCAACCUCGCCCUUGGCGGGUGGAUUCCUUACUGGAAAACUUUCCUAUUUUCCAUCACCCGAACAGUUGGAGGGUACUCGUUUCGAGGUCGGAGAGGGUAAUAUGCUCGGUGCAGUCUACCGCAUGUGGUACGACCAGCCUGUCUAUCACCAAGCGAUGCGAUCAUUGGAUAAUAUUAGUAAAAGGCUGGGGACUACGGGGGCCCAAUGCGCCCUGCGCUGGUUGCUUUUUCACUCCCACUUGAAGGAUCCUGACCGAGUUGUGAUCGGACCAAGUUCCCUGAAGCAGCUUCAAGACUAUGUUGAUGCCCGGAAGGCCGGACCACUUCCAGCUUAUGCAGCAGGCGAGAUCAGUGCGCUUUGGCCGAGCCUGAAGGAAGUUGCAGCAACGAUCAUUGAGAAGGGAUGGUGGUCUCUGUGA